AGUAUUAAAUUAUGUCAAAGUAUUCAAAGGAUUAACAUAUCUAUACGCAUUGAAUGAGUAUAAUAUUAAAAAUAAAUAAAAAGAUAGUGUACCGAAUUGGCAGGUCAUAAAAUGGAAGGUGUAAGACAACGAGGGAGGUGGGACACGUGUAUUAAACGCGCUGAAAAAGGUUAAAAGGGGCUUCGCGUGAGUGGUGGAACGAACGGUUAAGAUAUUGCCAAGAUGGCAAAAACCAAUAAAAUCCAUUAGAUUAUGUUCACAAAAGCAAUGGCUAAGAUCGUAACAGGUGACGCGGUGUUGAAUCAUAACCGUCAAAGAGUAAUUGGAGUGGGUUUGGCAGAGAGUGAAAUAGAGGAAAUGUGUUGAGAUUGGAGCACAAAAAGAGGGCGAAGAGAAAGGGGAAGAGAGAGAGAGAGAGAAAGUUAGUGGUGUUAUUAUAUGUGUAUGUAGCUUAGCAAUAGCAAUAGCAGCGUGUGAAGAAGAGGAAAAGGAAAGGAAAGAAAAGAAAAGAUAAGCCAUCCAUCCCUAAGAUCUCUCUGAUAUUUAUUUAAUUCUCAGAAGAAUCAUCAAAUUCGUGGUUGGUUCUGGUGAGUGGUGAAUGAAUCUGUUUCCGUUGAUUAUGGUUCACGAAAGAUAACAAUAAUAUCAAAUAAAUCAUUGAAUCGGUGGAAAAAAUAAAAAAAUAAUGGACAGGAUUAGAGAAGCUAGAAGAAACACUAUGGCGGCGAAUGGUUUAACAAGAAGAAGACACAGAACUAACAGUCUAAGAGACUCACCAGAUGAUGAUGGAGCUAUGGAGAUGCAAGAGCCAACGAGGCUAAGAGAUCGAGGGAGUGGGAAGAAAGAUCGAGAUCGAGAAAGGGAAAGGGAAAGAGAUCGAUUAGGAAGAAACAAGAGAAGAAGAGGUGAUAGGUUGAUGCACGGUGUAAGGGAAGAUGGUGGGGAAGAUACUUCAGAAGAGAGUAUUAACGAUGAAGAAGAAGAUGAUGAUGACGAUGAUCAUCAUCACGGAGGAGGAAACAACAAUAACCACCACCACAACAACGGUGGUGUUGGUGGUGGUUCAGUUAGAAUGCUUCCGUUGAAUAAUCCUUCGACACUUUCUUCGUCUUCAUCUUUAACGAAUCAUCAUCGGAAAAAUUUCCCUCCGGGGAAAGUUUUUAGACCAACACCGCCGACGACGUGGAAAGCCGCUGAUGAGAUGAUCGGAGUAUCUAUCCCUAGAAAAGCACGCUCAGCUUCAACUAAGAGGUCGCAUGAAUGUUGGGCUUCAAGCGGUGGUGGAAUAGUGGCGGAGCAAAAUCACCGCCAGCCUUCAUCUUCACCGGUGAGAGCAUCAGCAGCUCCACCUUCACCUUCAUCUUCAAACGCUUCAAUCAGAAAAAAGAUAAAAGCGAAUGGUGGUGGUAGUGGUGGUGGAGGAGGAACAAAAUUUCGACCACCGAAAUCUUCGUCAAAAUCAUCUUCAUCAGUGCAAGAUGAGAUCGAGAUAGAGAUAGCUGAAGUAUUGUACGGAAUGAUGAGACAACCACAAAGUCAAGUUCCACCUUCAAAGCAAGAAAUGAACGAUUCAAUGAAGAUGGAUUCCCGAGAAACCAAUAAUAAUAAAUCUUCUGCUAGUGAUACAAAGUCAAGAAUUUCUUCACCGCCUCAAAAUUCAAGUUCUUCCGCUACUCCAGUUUCUGCAACUGCACCAAAGAGGAAAAGACCGAGACCUGUGAAGCAUGAGGAUGAAAAUCCAGCAAUUUUCAGUGUUAGGAGCAGCCCCGUUUCUUCGAUUUCGAAGGCUGAGAGUGAUCACCCUUCAAAGAUUGAAACUUCUUCAUCAAAUUCAGAUAAGAACAAUCAAGGAUCUGUACCUGAAAAUUCGGCUAAUUUGGCUCCAGUACAGGCUUCACCGGAGCCAGUUAAGCCAGACAGUAAUACUUUGGUGGUGGAUGGUGGUAAGGUUUUGAUGGAGGAAUCAGAGAAGCAGAAAGACGUUGGAUUGAAUAAAGAGGUGGUGGUACCUCCUGUGUCACCGAAGAAGGAAUCUUCUGUGCUCCAAGCAGUAGAUGAUGUUCGUGAAGAUGUGAAAGCGACUAAAGCGAAUCCUCCAACAAUAUCCGAGAGUGAAAAUCAGCUUAAAGAGAAAUUUCAGAUAGAUCUGAUGGCGCCACCUCCUUCUAUGAGAUCUUCUCCUGAAAGAGUUGUUGAGAAUAAUUCGUUAGUAGUUGAGGCUGAAAAGGCGAAGCUUGUCAUGAAGGAGGAUCAGAAAUCACAGAGAAUGAAUAAGGAUGAUUUAGUGGUUGUGGAAACUGAGAAAGUAAAAGCAAAGGCAGAAGAAAAUGAAUCCCAGAAAGCUGCUACUGUGCAGAAAGAAAGAGGAAUUGACUUGCAGCUUGAGUUAGAGAAAACAGAGAGGGUAGAUUCUAAUGGCAAUGGAAAUCUUCUUAACAAGAAGCUACAACAUCAGAAUGUUCAGAGACAUCAUCAUCAGUUGCAGCAGCAGCAACAACAACAAACAAACACAGAGAAAAAUGUUCAAUCCAAUUCUUUGCCUAUUCCAAUGUCUGUUCCAAGCUGGCCUGGUGGCCUUCCUUCCAUGGGAUAUAUGACACCUCUACAAGGAGUUGUAUCGAUGGAUGGAACAACUAUGCCUUCUGCAGCAAUACCGCCGCCCCAUCUUCUUUUCAAUCAGCCCAGGCCGAAAAAGUGUGCGACCCAUUGCUACAUUGCUCGGAAUAUAUUGUAUAAUCAGCAAAUUGCCAGGAUGAAUCCAUUCUGGCCGGCGGCAGCAGCAGGCUCUGCUGCAUCACUGUAUGGUGCCAAGCCCGGUGGCAAUCUUAGUGUUAUACCCUCCACUGAAUUGCAUGGUGGUAAUGUUCCUGGCCGGGCAACAAACUCUACUCAAGACAAAGGGCACAGCCUUGCCAUGUUUCCAGGUCAUAUUGGGAAGGACAAGACUUCUCAACCUUCCAACGUGGAUAAUAAUUCAAGAAAGCAAAUUUUACUUCAGCAGACUUUACCCCCUGGAGCAGCACCUAACAUAUUGCAUGGACCUACUUUCAUCUUCCCCUUGAAUCAGCAGCAAGCAGCAGCAGCUGCUGCAGCGGCAUCUGUUCGACCCGGAUCUGUGAAGUCUUUGCCAGUUACAAGCAAUGGACCACCAUCCUCAACAUCUAAUUCUGCUCAACCGAAUACAUCGGGUACUGGGGCUGCUGCUGCUCCUCCCCCAACCAUGAGUUUCACCUAUCCAAAUAUGCCUGGCAACGAAACUCAGUACAUGGCCAUUUUGCAGAACAAUGCUUACCCGUUUCCGAUACCAGCACAUGUUGGUGGCCCACCUGGAUAUCGUGGAAAUCCUACCCAAGCUUUUCCUUUCUUCAAUGGAUCUUUCUAUUCUUCUCAAAUGAUAAAUCCUUCACAGAUUCAACCACAGCAACUUCCUGCUCAGUCACAGCAGAGCCAACAGGGUCAUCCAAAUGCCACUAUUUCUACCGGAUCCUCUUCCCAAAAGCAUGCACAAAAUCAGCAGCAAAAAGCUAAUAAUGUUAAUGGAUCCAAUGGUGGUGGUAGUGGAAGCUUGCAAGGUUUUCCUGUCACCAAAAACCCACAUCAGCAGCUGAUUCUACAGCAACAACAGCAGCAACAGCAGCAGAGGCAACAAUUGCAAAGUCACCAUACUUCUAAUGCGGCUCGUCAAGUUGAGUCUGAAAUGGGAUGUGAAGAUAGUCCAUCCACUGCUGACAGUCGUCUCAAUCGUGCUACCAUGAAUAUAUAUGGCCAGAAUUUUGCAAUGCCGCCAAUGCAGACACCGAACUUUACCUUGAUGACAACUGCAAUGAGUGGUGGUGGUUCUAAUGGCAAUCACAGUGAAAAGAAGCAACAACAACAGCAUCCUGGUUCAAAGGCUGGAGGUGAAACUUCUCCGGCAUUUGCCAUGCCAUUUGCAUCAAUCAACGGAGCAACUGGCCUUGACCUCUCAUCAAUUGCACAUAAUCAUUCAAUUAUGCAGAACAAUCAUAACUAUCAUAUAAUGGCACAGGCACAUGCACAAGCUGCUAGUGCUCACCUGAAGAAGAGUUACAAUGCUGCUGAAGAAGGAAAACAUGUAGUUAAUUCAUCUAAUCUAGAAGAAGAUAGAAAAGCCAUAUCUGGGAAAAAUCCAGCUACAGUGGGGCAGUCCAUUGCUUUUUCCAGGUCAGAUGUGGGUGAUGCCUCAAUGUCAUCGUUGGCAGGCAACAAUGUCAUUGAUAAUUCAGGCCGUAGUCUCAACCUUGGUUCUGCUUCUUCUCGGGCUUCUGUUUCUGUUAUGCCUGCUGCCAUCAACACCAAUGCAGCUGGUUCUCAGCAACAAAUGCAGCGAAAUCAGCAGCAAAUUCUUCAGCUUCAAAAGCAGAAUCAAUUUGCAGUUGCGGCAGCGGCCUCUUCUCGGAACAAGACACCAUCAACAAGUAAUGGCAGUAUUUACUCUGAUAAUCUUCCUUCUACAUCUUCAAUAUCCGCAAAGUAUACCAAUGCUGUAUCUCCAUUUCCUCAAAGCCUUGUUCAGAGCAGCAACACAGUUGUUACUCAGUCACCUCAGUGGAAGAAUUCAGCAAGGACAGCAACUAACACUUCUAUGUCACCUUCGACUAUGGCUUCACCGCCUUCAUUGUCGGUCAAAAACCCACCCCAGCAGCAGGCCCGUUCCCAGCAGGGCCACACACAAAUAUCUUUUGCAGCAAAUCCUAAAUCAUCCGCACCACAAGUGCAGACUGCAAGCUCCACCCAGUCCCCAUCUCCUCCAGUUAUGGUUGGCUCACCAACAAAUUCCUCGAUGUCCAAAAACACUAGCAGCCCAAGGACAACACAUUCAACGUCAACCAACAAUAAGACUAGCCAAGCCAGUUCCCUAUCCUCUCAGCAAGCCAAAAACUCUCCUACUAUGCCAACCCGUAAAUCCUCACCUGUUGGUGGAAGAAAUGUACCAUCAAUCCUCAGUGGCCCUCAGAUAACUCCCUCUUCAAACACUGGUAGUAAAUCACAAUUGUCACAGCAGCAACAAAAACAACAGCAGCAACAGCAACAACAAAUAUCAAAGCAGAACUUACAACAAGCCCAAAUGUUCUUCUCAAAUCCUUACAUGCAUCCCCAAGUCACACAAUCCAAUAGUCCUACCUCCACUGCCUCUCCUGUGACUGGGUAUUAUCCUCAACGGCGCGGCCCUGAUCAAGUGCAACGGCAGGGCUCUGGUGGUACAUCCUCUAAUGGUGCUACUGCAAACAACAAUUCAAAAGGCAGUACGUUGAAUACACAGGGUCUUCUGCUUCCUUCCCAGUUCGCUGCAAUGCAGCCUUCAGGGAACCACCAUCAAUUUGUUCCAGCUGGCUUCUAUAAUGUUCAACCGGUGCCCACAGCAGUUCAAGUAAAGCCAGCAGAGCAGAAACAACCCGCAGGUGAGUAGAAUGAUAUCAUGCCUUGGCUGCGCCCGUGUGCAUGUGGUAAGCAAAGAAGUAACUGAAUGAGAUAUAAAUUUUGAAGUUGGUAAAGAAAAGAUGGUAUCUUCUGAUGUGGGGCAAAGAUGUUGAUGCCGUUUUAUGCCGUGUGCCUCGAGAACAAGAUAUGGAAGAAGCAAGCAAGAUCGAGCUGACCAUGGCCAACACAAGAUGAUUUUGGAUUCCACAAUUUUGGAUGGGAAAUCGACCAGAACUUUGAUGUGCAUGAGUUGUGUUUAGUAAUUCAUUUGUACACUUGUGUUUAUAAUCUGACAAGGUUGAUCAUUAAGUUAAGUCUAAUCAAAAUUCGAUUGGUUUUUUAGAAGGAUAUAGUUAAGGGUCCUCCUAACUUUUUUAAUUCUCCUAUAUAAACUUAAUAGAAUGCAUGAGGUACCAGCAGGAGCCAGGAGGUAUGGUUGAAGUUGAAAAUCUUCCACCCUCAUAACUGUUAUUAUAUCUCUCUUUUGAUAUGUUGUGGACCUGUGUUGAGUAUUAUUGCUCAAGAUGAAAUGAACUGUCACUCACUUUUGCUAUUA